AUGGCAGGCCUUGAUAAACUUAUUCAGUCAGUCCUUGUCAUAUUUACUGUUUUUCUCAUCCAGUGCUUUCAACAAUGUUCAGCUUCAACUCCCAUUGGUGCUUCCAUAAAAACCAGCAGUGGAUUGAUAGUGGGUCAUGCUGGUUCCCAAUUCCCCGACGUCUCUGAAUACCUGGGCAUUCCCUAUGCAUCGCCUCCAACAGGCCAACUACGAUUCGCAGCACCCGUACCACUAGAAUCUAAAGACACUAUUAUAGCAAACGCCUACACCACUGACAAGUUACAAAUUUCUUCCAGGGCCCGUAUCAACUGUCCUUGUGAAAAUGACGCAUUUCCACCAUACCCUGGAUCAACUCCUCAGGCACCUAAAAUCAUGAGCGCAUUCUUACAGCAGCCCGGCCGGCAGAGUGAGGACUGUCUUUAUCUGAAUUUAUGGACAAAGUCACAUUCUUCGGAACUGAAACCGGUUCUGGUAUGGAUCCACGGUGGAAGAUUUGUUCUCACCGGCGCUGAAAGUCCAUACUACGAUGGACAAGCAUUGGCAUCAAAGCAUGAUGUUUUACUAGUGACGAUCAAUUACCGAUUAAAUGUCUUCGGCUUCUCAGGCGCCCCGAACCUACCUCAAAACGUGGGUCUUCUCGACCAACGAAUGGCAAUUGAAUGGGUGCAUCGCAAUAUUAAAGAAUUCGGUGGAGAUCCAAACCGCAUAACCAUAUUCGGGUCUUCGGCCGGUGGCGCCUCUGUCGAUUUUUACUCCUACGCCUGGGCACAUAAACCCCUAGUCCGAGGACUGAUUUCCCACUCCGGAACAGCAUUCAGUUACAUACCCAAUACAAUGGAACAAUCAGCGAAGGCUUUCUACAACAUAUCCGUAUCGUUGGGAUGUGGAGAUCGCUCUGAUGAUCGAGUUCUGGAGUGCAUGCGCCAGAAACCGUGGCAAGAUAUAUUUAAUAUCUCGAAUAGUUACCCACAGAUACCCUCGGCUACCGUUCCUGAGCCGGUAUUCCAUCCUACAGCAGAUGAAAUAACGGUUUUUAGUGAUUAUGAAAAACGAGCAGUUGAAGGGAAGUUCGCACGUCUGCCAUAUCUAGUUACCUGCAACAAUAACGAAGCAGGCUUCUAUCGCCUCGUCGCACACGCAAGCAAAAUCACAGUGAGCGAUCGAUCUUGGGACGAGUUCAACCUCGCAGCAUUCACCUGCCCCAGCGGUGAAACUGUGCGAUACCGGACAGCUCAUGGUGUUCCAGCAUGGCAAGCUCGAUACUUUGGUGACUGGGAAAACCUGCGUCUUUACCCCGGAAGCGGAAGUUAUCAUGGAUCUGACCUGCCGGUGUUAUUCGGGAACGCAGAAAUAGUCAGUGGGCUUCCCGAUACCAAUGAUGCUGAGAAGGUGUUUUCUAGAUAUAUGGCUUCGGCUUGGGUGGCGUUUGCCAGUGAUCCGGAGCAUGGGCUGGAGAAAUUUGGAUGGCCGAAGUAUAAUCCACAUGGGAAAACGUUGGUUGGACUGGCUUAUGGGAAUUCGACAGUGGAGUUUCUGAGACCGCAACUUUUUGAGCGUGGAUGUGCUGAUCUGAAGGGGGAUGUCAUUCUUGGAGCGGGUGCUAUAUAG